UUUUGUUGUUGUUGUUGUUGAAAUUAUCGAACAAAAUUAUUUUCAAUUGUGUUUCAAAUGUGUUUGGUUCGUUAUGUUCAAAUCGACCAUUAAUAUGAUGAUUCAAUAUUAUCGAUCAAAAUUUUCAUCCAUAUAUUGAGCUUAUUCACUCUAUUAUUAAAACACAUCAGUCGCUGAUAUUUUUUUUUCUCUCUGUUGUUUCGAUUUGUAAUGACUGUCGAUGAUGAUGAUGAUGAUGUACAACGAAAACAACAACAACGAACAGCCAAAGCAAUGAUCACUAAGGAUGAUGGUGGUGGUGGUGGUGGCGGUAAAAAAGAUUUGGCAAUAAAUAUCUGCCCGAAAGAAAGCGGUACUGGUGGUGGUGGUGGGGUUGGUGUUUGUGUUGGUUCAAGAUCAGGCCAAGAAGAAGGAGGAGGAGGAGAAAAAACGACAUGCAGCAGCGAAAUGUGUCAAGAUAAAUGGAUUGAGAAUGAUUUACCAAGUCCACCAAUACCAGAUCUAAAAACAACAAUGGAACGUUAUAUAUCUGGCCUGGAACCGGUGAUACAAUCAAAAUCGCAAAUGGAACAAACACGACAAACAGUAAAGGAUUUUCUUCAUGGCAAUGAUGUUGAUGAUGUUGACAGUGAAGGAAACCGUCUACAAAAACUGUUGAUUGAAUAUAGUCAACAAACUGACAAUUGGUCAACCGAUUUUUGGCUAGAUGAUAUGUAUCUUACAAAUCCAUCACCAUUAUUGAUCAAUUCGAAUCCAUUUUUUCUAUUACCACGACAAUCAUUUCAGCUUACAUCGGAUUUAAUACGUUUUGCAUCGUUUAUAACAAAAUUUGCAUUCAUGUUUAAUGAACAAAUUGUUAGACAAACACUGAAACAAGAUAUUGUACGUGGUAAACGAUUAUGUAUGGAAACAUAUCGUCAUUUUUUCACUGCAUGUCGUAUACCAGGUGAAGAUAAAGAUGAACUUCGUAUCCAUCCAUGUCCAGGUAGCCGACAUUUUAUUGUAGCUGCUUUUAAUCAGUUUACUGCUGUCCAUCUGGAACAAUCAUCACCAUUACCGACUAUCGCCGAAUUGGAACAAUGUUUAUCAUUGAUUUGGAAUCGAUCAAAAACACCGAAACAAUUUCAACAACCAAACAUUGGUAUAUUGACAACGGAAAAUCGAAAAAUUUGGGCCAAAAUUCGUACCGAUCUGAUUAAAGAUCGGACAAAUGCCGAAAAUAUUCGAUUGAUUGAAACAUCAUUGUUUAUACUUUGUUUGGAUGAUUUUAUUCUACCAAAAUCUUGUCAACGUACUGGUUAUCGUGAUUCAAUACAGAUUGCUAAAAUGGAUCAAUCAUAUAUGGCUUCAAUGUUAUUACAUGGUGGUGGUAGUGAUGUACAUACAGCAAAUCGUUGGUGGGAUAAAUUUCUUCAAAUUAUUGUUUCCAAAGAAGGUAUCUGUGGUGUUUUAAUGGAACAUUCAGCAUCCGAAGGAAUUACAAUGUUGAAUUUUUUGGAAAAAUUUCUCAUUUAUUAUCAACAACAACAAACAACUGAUGAAACAACAACAACCAUGGUUGAUAAUUCCAAUCUAUUGAUGCGGCAAACAAGCGCUGAAUGGAAAUCACCAUCACAAUUACCAUCCUUAUUAUCUUCAUCAUCAUCAUCGACAACAAGCAAAACAACAAUGCUAAAAUCAACGCCAUUACAAUGGAAUAUUUCAAUAGAAAUUGAAAAACAAAUCAAACAAGCAGAAAAACGUACUGAUAAAGUCGUCGUUGAUCUAGAUUUAUAUGUACUACGUUUCAAUGAAUAUGGUAGUGAUUUUAUUAAACAACAACGUAUAUCACCGGAUGCAUACAUCCAAUUAGCAUUACAAUUAACCUAUUUUAAAUUACAUCGUUGUAUUGUUUCUACAUAUGAAAGUUGUUCAUUACGACAAUUUCGUAUGGGUCGUGUUGAUACAAUACGUGCAUCGACUGUGGAGGCACGUGAUUGGGCUCAAAGUAUGUGUCCACAACAGCCAUCAUCAUCAUCAUCAUCAGCAUCAUCAUCGACAAUUGAUAAUCCAACAACAACAGCCGCCAAUUUGUUAGAUGUUGAGGAGGACCGGAAAAUCAAACUCUUCAAACGAGCAAUUCAAAAACAAGUGGAAAUCAUGCAAUAUACAUCGAGUGGUCAUGGACCUGAAAAUCAUCUUCGUGCAUUACGUGAAUUGUCCAAGAAACAUUUUGGUUCAAUACCAGCUGUUUUUCGUGAGAAAUCUUUUGGUGAAUAUGGUAAUUAUCGUCUAUCGACUAGCCAAUUGCCCACUGAUGCCGACAUAUUGGUUGGUUAUGGUGCCGUUGUACCCGAUGGUUAUGGUUGUUCAUAUAGUACGAAAAAAAAUCAUAUCAUAUUCUGUGUAUCAUCAUUUUAUAGUUCCGAUGAAACUAGUUCAGAUUUUUUUGCAUUAAGUCUUGAAGGAAGCCUGUUACAGAUGCGUGAAUUAUGUCUACGUAUGAAUGCCAAUGGAUCAUUGGCAACAUUUUCGGCACGAACACCCGAUACAACAACAACGACAAACGUUAAUAUUUCAUAAUUGGUAAAAAAAAAACCUGACUGUGUUCAAAUGAAAAAAAAACCGACGUGAAAAAAAAUUGUGAUCCAACAACAACAACAAAAGUACAAUACACACCCGCCACAACAUAUAUAAUACCCCCUUCAAUUAUUGUUAUUAGUGAAACAACAAAAGUUUUAUCCGAACAACAAAAAAAAAAAAAAUGAAUAUUUUCUUUUGUGACAAAUUCCCAACUACUAAUUACAUGUAGAAAGAGUUAUUUUCUUUGUGUUACAUCUCUGUAUAUUUUCCUUAAUUAUUUCCGUUUUUGUUGCCACAAAAACACAUUGAAACAAAUGCUACCAAUCAAUCAAUCAAACAAUAUCACCUGACUCAAUCACACACACACACACACACAAAUACACUCACUCAAAACAAGGUUGUGACCAUUAUUUUAUUCCAAUCAAUCGAAAUAUCAUUGAUUUGGAUUCAUUUAUUUACAAAUAGAUAGAUACAUUGAUAGAAUGGUAGUUGCAUCAUCACAAUCAUCGUAGAUAUUUUUUUUUUAGUGAUCAUCAUCAUCAUCAUCUAGUCAUCAUUGAAAUUGAUUUAAUCAAAGAAAAGAUUCGUUUUCGUGCAAUCAUUCACAUAUCACAAUAUAUUAUUUAUUUGUUGUCGUUAUAUUUAUUGUUGAUUUUAUUGUUGCAAUUUUUU